CCAGAUGACUUGGGGUCACCGACGCCUUCAGGACACGUUCGGUGAGUGCGGUAUCCCUCGCAUCGGGUGGCAGAUCGACCCCUUCGGUCACAGCCGAGAACAGGCCUCACUCUUCGCUCAGAUGGCGUUCGACGCCGUCUUCUUUGCCCGCCUUGACUACGAGGAUAAGACUCAUAGAGUGGCUGAGAAGAGGAUGGAGUUGUUAUGGCAGGGAAGCGAUGACUUGGGAAAGGCUUCAGAUAUAUUCACUCACGCUAUGGAAAUGGGUUACGGUCCACCCUCGGGUUUCAAUUGGGAUUUGGCCAACGGUGGCGACGACCCAAUCAUCGACGACCCCGAGUCCGAAGACUAUAAUGUGGAUCAAUAUGUGGACAAAUUUAUCACUUAUGCCAAGAAGUACUCCAACUAUUACGCCACGAAUAACGUGUUGUUUCCAAUGGGAACAGACUUCAUGUACCAAGAUGCCAACUCGUGGUUCAAAAAUAUGGACAAAUUGAUCACAUAUGUGAACGCGAGGAAACAAAAGGGAUCCAAUGUUAAUGUCUUUUACUCGACGCCCACCUGUUAUCUUAAUGGUGUACAUAAAUCAAACCAUACCUUUACCACAAAGUCGGACGACUUUUUCCCCUAUAAUUCAUUUGUUCACUCCUAUUGGACCGGAUAUUUCACAAGUCGACCGGCGCUCAAACGCUACGAAAAAGUGGGCAAUAAUGCUCUUCAAGUGUGCAAACAAUUGGAUGUCUUGAGUCUCGGGAACGGCAAAAAUGAGGCAAAAGUAACGCCAUUGAGGGAAUGGAUGGGAGUUAUGCAACAUCACGACGCCGUCGCCGGUACUGAGAAACAACACGUUUCCGAUAAUUAUGCCCUAAAACUGUAUAAGACUAUAGAGAAGUGUCAAUCAGUAGUCGAUGAGUCCCUGAAUAUAUUGAUUGGCGAUAAAAAUUUGAAUCAAUUGUUUUGCAAUCAACUGAAUGUCAGCGCCUGUGCUGUCACUGAAGGCACCGAUAAUCUAGCGGUCACUCUAUAUAACCCGUUUGGACAUAAUGUCAAUCAUAUGGUGAGACUUCCCGUCACAUCCAAGGCAUACAAAGUGUUGGACCCGAAAGGAAAUGCUGUCAAAUCAGAUAUCGUUGCUAUUCCUGAAUCAGUUCUCAGUCUUAAGGAAAGAAAGAGUAAAGCAAAGGAUGAGUUGGUAUUUGAAGCUCAGGUCCCGGCACUCGGAUUCUCCACUUAUAUGUUAAAAGCAAACAGCGCUGAAAAUAUUGAAAAUGAAGCGAAAAUCACCAAAAUAUCGGACGCUUUUACUAUAAAAUCCAAAUCAUUAAACAUAAUGUUUGACAAAACCGGAGCUUUGAAUGCAAUUCAGUUAAAGAACGGAAAAGUUGUUGACUUUAAACAAAACUUUGAGUUUUAUAAAGCAAAGGACAAUAACGACUCUUUCCAUCAGCCAUCGGGCGCUUAUAUCUUUAGAUCAGAUGGAGAUUCCCCUCAAUUCUACAAUACAACUACACUUCAGGCGGAUUUGGUCGAGACAUCGGAUGUGAAAGAAGUUCGUCAAAGAGUCAGUGAUUAUGUCUCACAAGUGAUAAGGAUUUGGCCGAACAAUGAUAUGAUUGAGUUUGACUUUGUUGUCGGACCCAUUCCUGUGGACGACAAGAUCGGCAAAGAGAUUAUCUCCCGAUGGGAGACAAACCUCACCACAAAUGGACUCUUUUAUACCGACGCUAACGGACGACAACUUCUGGAGCGAAAGCGUGACUUUAGGCCCACUUGGAAACUGACUGUUACUGAAGAGAUCGCUGGAAACUACUAUCCCGUCAACAGUCGGAUCGCUAUUAGAGACGAGAAACAAGACAUUCAAAUGACUGUUUUGAAUGAUAGGUCACAGGGAGGCAGUAGUAUUAAAGACGGAACCGUUGAGCUUAUGGUUCACCGAAGAGAUCUCUAUGACGAUCACUUUGGUGUCGGGGAAGCACUCAAUGAACCGGGAGUUGACGGUAAAGGUCUUCAGGUUAGGGGAAAGUUUUGGGUUCUCUUCACAAGUAUAGCCGAAGCGGCGGAAGCGCACAGAGAGAUGGCGUAUGAUAUUCUUCUGGAGCCUUCACUCACUUUUGCCAAAAUUAGUGGAUCUGUUGAAGAAUAC